AUGCUUUGUUUGUCUAAAGUAACGAUUUCACGCAUUAGAUUAGCCGAGAUUUUGUGUAUUGCUAUCUAUCUAUCUACGCCUAUUUCUUUCUUUCCUUUUUCUUUAUCUAACUUUGUCUAUUUCUAUCUAUCUAUCUAUCUAUCUAUCUAUCUAUCUAUCUAUCUAUCAUUUGUCUAUCAUCUGUCUGUCUAUUUCAAUCGGCUUUAUCUAUCUAUCUGUCUAUAUAUCUAUGCAUAUUUUUCCUUUUAUCUAUCUAUCUAUCUAUCUAUGCAUAUAUUUUUCUUUUAUCUUUCUUUAUCUAUCUAUCUAUCUAUGCAUAUUUUUCUUUUUUAUCUUUCUUUAUCUCUCUCUAUCUCUAUCUCUCUAUCUAUCUAUCAUUUGUCCAUCUGUUGUCUUUUCAAUCGGCUUAUCUAUUUAUCUAUCUAUCUAUCUAUCUAUCUAUCUAUCUUUAUUUUUCCUUUUUUUUCUUCUAUCUAUCUAUCUAUCUAUCUAUCUAUCUAUCUAUCUAUCUAUCUAUCUAUCUAUCUACGCCUAUUUCUUUCUUUCGUUUUUCUUUACCUAACUUUGUCUAUUUCUUUCUUUAUUUCUUUCUGUCUAUCUAUCUAUCAUUUGUCUAUCAUCUGUCUGUCAAUUUCAAUCGGCUUAUCUAUCUAUCUAUCUAUCUAUCUAUCUAUCUAUCUAUCUAUCUAUCUAUCCAAACAAUUAUCUAUCUAUCUAUCUAUCUAUCUAUCUAUCUAUCUAUCUCUCUCUCUCUCUCUCUAUAUAUAUAUAUAUAUAUAUAUAUAUAUAUUAUGUAAUAAAGAGAAAGAACAUUCAGAAUUUGGUGCCACAAGCACAAAUGUAAUAUCUAUCUAUCUAUCUAUCUAUCUAUCUAUCUAUCUAUCUAUCUAUCUAUCUAUCUUGACCAUCAUUCAUAUAAAACGUUUAAGUCUUCCUUCCCUUACUCUCCACUCGUUCGUUCUUGCUCUUCGCUCCAUCUUUCUUGCUCUCCUUUUUAUAGUUUCUUUAUUGCUCUCACCAAAAGCUGCAAUUACCAAUAAAAUCAUAUUUCUUUCUUUCAUUCUUUCUUUCUCGAUCUUUCAUAUUUAUUUAUCUAUCUAUCUAAAGUGCUGUUCUUAUCUACCUCUCUAUCUAAAGUUGUGCUCAUCUAUCUAUCUAUCUAUCUAUCUAUCUAUCUAUCUAUCUAAAUCUGUUCUUAUCUACAUAUCCUGUUUUUAUCUAUCUAUCUAUCUAUCUAUCUAUCUAUCUAUCUAUCUAUCUAAAGUCAGUUUAGCGAGAUCUAUCUAUCUAUCUAUCUAUCUAUCUAUCUAUCUUAAGCUGUUUUUAUCUAUCUGUCUCAAGCUGUUUUAUCUAUCUAUCUAUCUAUCUAUCUAUCUAUCUAUCUAUCUAUCUAUCUCAAGCUGUUUUAUCUAUCUAUCUAUCUAUCUAUCUAUCUAUCUAUCUAUCUAUCUAUCUCUAUCUCAAGCUGUUUUUAUCUAUCUCAAGCUGUUUUAUCUAUCUAUCUCUAUCUAUCUAUCUAUCUAUCUAUCUAUCUAUCUAUCUAUCUAUCUAUCUCAAGCUGUUUCUAUCUAUCUAUCUAUCUAUCUAUCUAUCUAUCUAUCUUGCAUCCGAUGCAAACUGUACCUACGUCAUAUAUCUAUCUAUCUAUCUAUCUAUCUAUCUAUCUCUCUCUGUCUCUCUCUCUCUGUCUCUCUCUGUCUUCUAACGUGUUUGUUCUCCCCUGUGUCCUUGGGCCAAACUUAA